AUGGCGCCGACGGAAAUAAGCAACCCGCGCCGCAUUCUGGCGGUGGCACUGGCGGAGUCUCAAGAGCAUCUCGCGCGAGUCAUCAAAGACCUCACCGGCGAAUACCCCGCGGCAUCGGCCGGUACAGGCGCUCUGGCGGGCACGACACAGGAGCUGGCGAUACAGACGGCGUACUACAACGCGCAGGUGCCCAUCUGGCUGGACCUCAUUGGGCAGACACCGGCGGAGGCAGAGGCAGAGGCAGAGGACGCAAAGGACAAUCCAAAGGAGGAAGAAGACAAACCUGACGAGACGAACGACGCGGUGAAGGAGCCAGAGGACGGCCCGACGACGACAGACAAAAACGCCUCGAAAGACGACACCUCGGAAGACCCGUCGACACCGGAACAAUGGGCUGAUGCGUUCCUGGCCGACGAGGCGCGCGAAGUGCGGGAGGCCCUGGGCGGCGUGGUGGUGGUGGUCGACGUGCAGCAACCGUCGGCCUUUGCACGGCAGCGCGACCUCGUCAAGCACGUCGCAAGGCUCGUGCAACGUCUUGGGCCCGUCGUGGAUGUGAGCUUGCAAGAGGAAGACGAAGAUCAAGAAGAGAUGUUGGCGGACUUUGAAGGUGUCGGCAUCGUGGUAGGCGUGUCACAGAAGCCCAUCGACGAGGAGACAAUGGAGGUGUGGGACGACGCAUGUCUGGUUGCCGGGUUGGAGUUUGUCGCCGUGGCCCCGGGCCAAGAGGCUACCAACGAGUUUGGUGACACUGACAAUGUAGAAAAAACCGGCAUUCCGAGACUACUCGAGGCGCUGGAGGCCAACGACUGGGAACUGGUCGGCGAUGGCGAGGGCGACGAGAACGACCUGUUCGGUUCGUUCCAGGACGUCCGACUGCCCGGUACAGCGUCGGACGACGAGAUCAACUUUGACGACCCGGAGAGCGUUGAUUUCGGCUUCGACCGCGACGACUUUGCAGGGCUGCGGCAGGCCAUCUGGCAACAACAAACGGCGGAGCUGGACGACGACGACGAAGAAGACAAGGACCAGGCGGCCAUUAUGGAGAGCAUGAUACAGCGGUUGCAGGCAGCACGGCUGCAGUCGGAACUGCUCACGCCGGCCCAGCGGCGCGCCAUGGCGGCGCGUGUUACAGACAGGACAGGAUACAAGCCUCCCUCCAAUGGCCUACAAUCUGGAAUCCACCUCGUCGUGCGGCUUCCACUCGUCGCCGCCCAGAACCAAGUGGUCGUAGCUGACCAUGACGUGCACCGGCUGCACGAUGAAAUUCUUGUCGUCGCCAUCGGCGGCCGCCGCCAGGUCCGGGUCCGUUGCGACGCUGAUCCAGUCGUCCAGGCUGUCGACCCAGAACUCGGCCACGCCGUCGUAGUCGAGCACGGGCAGCCCAAACGUGGCCGCCUGUUUGCGGUUCUCGGCCGUGAUGUGCUGCUGGUUGUAGCGACGGACCUUUUCGCGGAACGUCUUGCUGCGCAGGGCCGGCGCGACGUGGUUGUUGGCCCAGUAGGCGGAAAAGAACUCUUGGGAGACGUCGGGCAGCUUCUUGAUGAACAUGGUGAUUUUGACGUACUUGCCGGCACCAGACGGCGCCGGGCCUUGGAGAGGAAGAGGCAUGUCGAGAGAGAGGAGUCUUUCGAGUACUUCCCACGAGUCUACAUGCAACACUGCAACAGAUGGUCGGGAACUCGGGAUAAGACACUCCGGGAAGGGCAGGACGCUGGUCUGAUCCUGAAAGGCAGAAGGCUAGACGUUGUUGGUGUUUCCGGGCGGAUCUUCCUGACGCGUUUAAUGGAUGGCAAGCAAAGGCCAGGAGACAUACCAGGAGAGAUCAUCAGAAACCGCCAAAGGCGCUCCCAACCGCGUAAAGCUAUCCCCGACCACCGAGCGCGCACGAGAGAAGAAAGCGGGGAUGGCGCUGGGGCGUUCUGGGGCAGGCUGGUGCUAGCUGCUUGGAAGGUCAGCUCUGAAGGGUUUUGGUGGCUUUCAUGGAGAUGCAUUUCCGUCGAGCGAGGGGGUUCGUUUAUUGGCGUUGCGCUUCCCCGUCUUUGGCCCUCUUUGGUUGUCCGACUCUCUUGA